CCAUCUUCCUCAGUACGCUUCACAAUUGAGAAGAGACACUCUUCACUGUUCAUAUAACGUCCCCAUUGUUGAAUUCGAGAGUGCCAAUUUUAAACCGAGACUGAUGAUUGAGAAGAAACUGUCGAAGAUGAAGAUGAGAACCAAAUCGAUUCCGGUUAGGUCUUCGCGCAAAUCCCUCGAUUCGCUUCUGGAUGAUGAAGCUAAUGAAAACACACAAUGUGAUGAAAGAGAUGUGCCACACAAGAAGCGUCGUUGUCUUGGGACUAGUGAGACUACUGAUAGAGGAGGAUCUGUAGAGCCGCUGCUGGACUUGGAUGCUUGUAUUGUAUGUGAAGUUUCAGACGAGCGGGUAUCUCGUUGUUGCGGGGUUGACUGUCUUCUUUCGUUUCACGGCGAGUGUUUGUAUGCUGAUUUGGGUAGUACUAGUAGUAGUAGUAGUAGUAGUAGUGAGGAUGUUUCGAAUCCAUUUUGUCCUUAUUGCUGGCUCAAGAUUGUUGCACUGAAAUCCAAAACAUUGAGAGAAAAGACCGUUGAGGCGGAAAAGGCGGUCUGCAAGUAUCUAGAUAAAGAGAUGAAAAGCAGGGAUGAGGAUAUAACCUUAUCUGGUGAUGAAAUUGGAAACCAAGAGCAGAGUACAGACAUUGUAAGUGAUCAUGAGUUACAAGGAGAGAAGGAUGGCUGUUCAUCAAAACCAGAUGCGGAUCAAGGGAAAGUGGGUACUGGUAAAGUGAUUGACGAAGUUGGAGCAUCAGAGAAGGUAGCUACAGAAAAAUUUCAAGACGCUGAAGAUGAUGAAACAGCUAAAGAUCAAGGUACAAGAAUCCUGAAUACAGGUGCAGGGAAAAAGAGAGAGGUUUCUUCGUUUUUGUCUAUGCAAGAAUCGUUUUCAGCAAAAGAACAGGACCAGGUCCAGCAGAAUGAGAAGCGAAGAAGGAGAGGAUUGAAAAUUAUCGAUAGUGACAUCUCAUCAAAGGGAUCAAGUAACGAACGAAAUGGAGAAGAUGUAACUGAGCAGGUAACUUCAUCGGUUCAAGUAACCUCCCCGUCAGGGAGAAUGAGGAACCAGCAGGCAACAACCAAAGUUGUGGCUAAGUCAAAGACAGUGAGGGACAUUUCUUUCUUUAAGAUGGAUCAAAGAAGGAGGCUACUUUGGACGUACGAAGAAGAAGAGAUGCUAAAGGUGGGAGUGGAGAAAUUUGCAGCAGAAGCAAACAAGAACAUGCCAUGGAGGAAAAUUCUGGAAAUGGGAGAGAAGGUGUUCCACGAAACACGUACUCCAGCUGAUCUCAAGGACAAAUGGAGGAGCAUGGUCAAGAUUAUGAACAAAAACGAACAAGGCAGCACACUAACCCCUACUGCUAUGUAAUCAAUAGUUAGUGUGACUUAUUUUGGAGAUGAAGCCAGACUUGGUGAACUAAUGUGGGAGUUGAUCUGUGUAAUAGACAAAAGUUCCUCCUUUACAAGAACUGACUUCUACUUUUUGUGUAUCUUCGACAUCUUUAGAUUUUCAGUAUAGAUAAUAUAUGGCUC